AUUAUUAAAAAUUUUAGUCCUUUAACUUCUCUAAAUAAAAGUGUCAAUUAAUUUAUUUGUAUAUUAGAAAGUGGGGCUCCAACACUUUUUUUUAAUAUAUUAUUUUAGUAGUUGUGAAAAAUGCUUUGUUGCCAAAUUAACAGCACACAACUCAUCUUGAUAUGUUGGUUGGAAGUUUAGGUUAUCAACUAAGAGGUCUUGGAUUCGAGUCUUAUGUAUGUGAUGUGUGCAUGAGUCUGCCUUAAUUGACUUAAAUGUUCCAUAAUAAUAAUAAUAAUAGCCAAAAGAAGAUUUGAUUUGCUGGCAGUUACAUACACAUUCUAGGAAUUUGGGAUGUGUGUGUGGGCUCUACAUGUAACAACAAUAAUAACAUCAAUAUCAAGCCUUUUAUCCCAUUAUGUUGAGUGAAUUUUUUUUUCAAUGUGUCAUAUUAAGAGUCAAAUUCUUAUUUAAAUCUAACAAAAAAUAUCAUUUCUAAUAUUUUUUUACCAAAUCUUCUUAAGUCUACUUCUACUUUUCUUUACAUUGGUCAAAUUUGGUACAUCUACUCUCCUAAUAGGGUCAGCAAAAUGCUGAUUUUUUUGUGUUCAAACCAUCUAAGACGACUCUCUCUCUACACAUGCAUGGAGUGUAAAUGUUAGUAAGGUUUGGUGGGGUUGAUUAUUAAUAACCUGCGCAUCUGAUGUACUCUGCAAUCCCUUUUGUUUAUAAUAAUAUUUAUUUCUAUUAUUCAAUCAUUUGUAUCAAUGUCAUAAAAUUAUUUAUUAAAUAAUUAUAAUUCUUACAAACAAUUAUGUCUUGGGUCCAACAGUGCGAAUACUACGGGCCAUGUUUUAGAUAAUUAGAUAUGGAAAUUUAGGUGUCACAUAUGUAAAUAUUAAAAAAUUAUGUGAUGUGCAUGUAAAUGCCCCAAAUAAGUUAGUGUAAAGUAAUAACUCAGCGAUAUAUUCGAGUUUUAUGUAAGCCAUGUUAAGUUUGGGAUAUAUUAACAUAGGUACAGGAAUCUUUGCCGUCUACUGGCUCCCCUUUCAAACGUCUUUCCAAACUCUGACCCUACCUAUUUUACCAAAGAACCCUCUCAAGCUCAACAAUACCCCAUCUCCAUUAUUUCCAUCACAUCAACACUCUCUCUCCCACUUUAAUCUGUAGAUCAAAAAAGACCCGCUAGAAUAUUUCGUUCCCUAACUCACAAACACUGAAAUUCUCCCCUUCUCCUCCUUUCUUCUAUCUCCAAGAACUUCCUCACUCUCCUCAAUAAUGCUGUUACUCCUAUCUCCUUCCUUUCCCAAACUGAUAAUCCUUCAUCUUCUUCUCUUUUCCCUCAACUUCAUCUCUUCCAUAUCUGCUAUUACCAUGGAUAAUUUUGAAAAAGAAGCUCUCCUCUCCAUCAUGGAUUCCAUGUCCCCUGAUAGACACUGGAGAUCCUACAGCAAUGAAGAUCCUUGCAAUCCAAGCUCCUCAUGGCCUGGCUUAGAGUGUAAACCUGGUUUAGACAACCAUUUCCAUGUAACUAAACUUGUCUUUGGAACUCAUCCCAAUCCAACUUGCAGGAGCUCUGCUACUUUCCCUUCUCAAAUCUUUACUCUUCCAUUUCUUCAAUCUAUUCAUUUCCUCAACUGCUUCAAGACCAAGAAGACAACACUCUUCUUACCUCACUCAAACUUCUCUUCUCUUCAGCAGCUUAGUCUUAGAGCAAACCCAGCUCUCAUUGGGCCUAUCCCACCUCAUAUCUUCUCUCUUGAAUCACUUCAAAUCCUCACUCUUUCACAAAACAAUCUCCAAGGUGAGAUCCCAGAGGCAAUCUCUGCUUUGAGCUCUUUGAUUCAUCUUGACCUUAGUUAUAACGCAUUAACGGGCAAAAUCCCAGUCCAAAUGGGGAAACUGAGCAGCCUUGUAGACCUUGAUCUUAGCUAUAACUCUCUUAUUGGACCAAUCCCAACAUCUAUUGGUGAAAUGGUAAUGCUCCAAAAACUGGACUUGAGUUCUAAUUCACUCACUGGAAGCAUUCCGCUGAGUUUUAAGAAUCUAAAGCUAUUAAUUUUCCUUGCUUUAAGUGACAAUAGACUGAGCGGAUAUCCUAGGCCUCCCAAUGGCCUUACCAAUCUUCAGAGCCUUCAAUACUUGUUCAUGGAUGGCAAUCCGAUGUUCGUUCCAUUGCCGCCGGAGCUUGGAAGGUUGCGAAGGCUGCAGGAGCUCAAGCUGGCGAACUCCGGAUACUCGGGGCGAAUUCCUGGGAGCUUCACCUGGCUGAAGAACUUGACUGCUUUGUCACUGGAGAACAAUCAUCUCAGUGGUGAGAUACCUUCUGGGCUGGGUGGACUUAGUAGGAUAUAUCACUUGAAUCUUAGCAGGAAUUUGCUUGAUGGAGUGGUUCCUUUCAAUGCUGAAUUCCUUAGUCGGCUUGGGAGGAACUUGGAUUUGAGUGGGAAUUCUGGACUUUGUUUUAAUGGUAGUUCUAAUGUUUUCAGAGAGAGUUUUGAUGGAGUUGGUGUUUGUGAAAGUAGACCUUCUUCUUCUUCUUCUACUUCUAAUGUUUUUCAGCCAUUGGAGAGCUCCUCUGUGGCUUCUCCAUCUUCUAGGUAUCAUUCCACUCAGAUCUUGCAUUGGGUGUUAGGUUUCCUGAGUUUCAGUGCCAUAUACCUUUGUAUUUGCCUUAUUUAGGUAGGCCACUGCCAUCGGUUUUCUAUUGAUUUCUUCUUUGUUGCUUCAGUCUCUGACUUUCUUGUUCAUCUUGCUAUAACCAAAUAAUAAUUAUGUUUUUGAUCA